AUGUCCCAGACCACGCCCCGCAAUCCCACAGCCAGCGAGUUAUUUUUCACCAAUUCCGAGUUUCAUGUGGUAAUUUGCCGUAACUGUGAGCAUGCCGUGCGACGAGAUAAUAUUAUCACGCAUUUAACCAGUACCAACCACCGAGUCCCGCGUACGGUAGCGCAGUAUAUUGAGAGUUGCGUACAGCAAUGGGACCAUAUUGAGGACCAGCCCGAUAUUAUCCAUUGGCCCACCCAGAUUGAUAGCCCAAUACCCGGAUUAACCGUAUUUGAUGACGGUUUAUUGUGUUUACGGUGUGAGAGAUAUAUUUGCCGUACGAUGCAGUCAUUACGAGUCCAUUGGCAACGCGCACAUGAAUGGUCCCCCAGCACCCACCGGGGUCGUCCCAAACCAUCCGAGACCAGGCGUAUCCAGGAGGAUAUUAAUACCAGUUACCAGAGUGUGACAUGCCAACGUGUUUUCAAGCAUGGGUCCGGUUCCCAGUUCAUCCCCAUCCGCCAGCCCGAUCCACCGCGGGCCGAACCGGUGCCACCCGUGGAUGCCAUCCAGCAGUUGGUCCAGCGCGUACGAGCAUUCCAGGCCCAGCAGGCCCGCAGCCAGCAGACGGUCAUCCAGGCCGGGGAAUUGGACGAGGCCACCCCAUGGUUAAACCGUACGGGGUGGGUCCGGUAUUUACAGGGCAUUUCGUCCGCCCCGUUAGUGCAGUCCAUGGAGCGGCCGGACGAGGAUGCCGAGGGCCCCGAGGGUGCGGCAUGGGCCAUUUGGCAGGCCAUGGAGCGAUUGGCCAUGGUCAGCCAGCAGAUCACCCGGGCGAGUGGGUUUUUGGUGCGGAUUGAGGCCGCCCGCACGCAGAAGGCCGAUUCCCCGUACGAGCCGUUGUUGGCGUAUAUGAAAGAAGCGGAGAUCAAGGACCAUAUUGAGCCGUGGCAGCGGAUAUUGAUGUUUUUCACCCGCACCCAGCAGCCGCACGAUUGGGAGAGUCCCCCGUACGAGUUCACCCCCGCACAGCAGCGGUCGUGGGAGAUCGUAUGGCGGCGUGCGCAGGCCGCGGGCCGGUCCAGCCCGGACCCCAUGGACCCCGAGCCGUACGAGUUAUCGCCGUUGGAGUGCGCGAUUAUGGAUUUUUGCAUCAAUUUGUUACGCCAGCGGAUCCGGCACCACGAGUAUGGGUGUGCGUUUAUAUGCGCAUCGGCCGUGUUGGGCCGGAAGUUGUCCGGAUGGGAUGGGGUGGAGGAUUACCCCCCCAAGAUAUCCAGUUUGAUCAAGAUCGCCCGUUUUUUGGUAUUGCAUAAGGCGUUGCGGUUAGACCCCGAUUCGUUGGCCAUCCGGCGUGGGUUCGCGCAGGGCAGCCAGGAGCCCCAUUUCCGUGGUGACGAUAUCCCCGUCGCGGACGGAUAUAUAUUUGACGGGGACGAGGGUUAUGCCAGCAGCCCCGUCCGAGAGACGCCCACCCCCCGUCCCAUGCCCGGAUCCCCCACCACGUCCAUUUUGGGACCCCCCACCCAGAUCCAGGGUCGUCGGGUGAUUCGUACGUUUCCCGAGUGGUUACGAUUGAUGGUGGAUGCGUUUAUGGUGCGUGGGACCCACGGGCCGGUCCAGUGGUUAUUGGAUUUACGCACGUACGGAAAGAAGGUGUUUUUCAACACCCCGUCCGAGGGGCAUAUCGGAUGGAAAGGCGAGGAUGAGUUGUUGUAUAAGCAGUUGCAUUUUACCAUGGGUGAUUUCCGUGGGAUGGUCCACGGGUUGGUCGAGAGCAUGCGGAACCAGUUUCACCAGCAGUUGAUAUUCGCCGAGGGUGCACAGAUCCCCAGUAUUGAUUUACAGGAUAUAUACGACGAUCCCACGCAGCGGACGGCGGAUUGGAGUUUUAUCAAGGAUUCCCGUACGCAGUGGCCCGUCCACGGGGCCGAGUGGUUGAUCCAGCGGGUGGCCCAGGAGCCCACGUUCCGGCGGCGAUUCAGCGAGCCGGACGGCCAGGGGUUCCGGAUGCGUGCAAUUGACCGGUAUUUUGCCGAGGUGGCCCGGUUCCGCGAGCGGUUAAGCGUGGCGAUCCAUAUCACGGCCGGCCAGCCCAGCCGUACGCCCGAGUUGUUGAGUAUCCGGUACCGGAACAGCGAGCGAGAGAUCCGCAACGUGUUUAUCGAAGAUGGGAUGGUGGUAUUUGUCAGCCGAUAUCACAAAGGGUUCCAUAUCACCAACGAUACCAAGGUGAUUCAGCGGUAUUUGCCGCAGGAGGUUGGGGAGUUGGUCGUCCGAUAUAUAUGGUUGGUGUUGCCGUUUGUGGAGAUAUUGCAAGCAUAUCAGUGGCAGCAGCGAGGCACCCCCACCCCCCGCCGACAAGAGUAUUUAUGGGGCCCCGACGCCGGCAGCGAGAAGGCGUGGACGGGCGUACGAUUCCGGAAGGCGUUGGAAUCGGCCACGGCCGCGGGGUUGCACGGGCAGGCGGUCCACGUGUCGGCAUACCGCGACAUCGCCAUCGCGAUCAGCCGGCGGUAUUUACGGGGCAAGAGCCAGUUUGAGAGUAACGUGCAGGAGGGCACGGGCGAGGCGGCCCCCCCGUACGACCCCGACGACGAGGGUGGGAUGGACGAGGAGGAGUUUAUGGGGCAUAUUGCGGAUUUGCAAGCCACCCAUUCGUCCCACGUGGCCGGGAUGAUGUACGGUCGUACGAUCAUGGAGCCCACCAACAGCACCACGCACCGGCGGCAGCGGUUCCGGCAGUCCAGCCAGGAUUGGCAUCAAUUUUUAGGGUUUGCAUCCGCCGUCCGCGCCGGGGUAUGCGGUAAGCGUCCGAAUCCGUGGGAGGAUGAUGCCGAGGAGAGCCGGACGCAGCGGCGGUAUCAGUUACAGCAGGCCCAUAUGUUGCAGUCGUUCCAGCAGAUGGUCGGACGGCCCGAGAUGGUAUUCCGUGGGGUGCAGGAGCCCGCGUUGCGGGCGAUCCAGCAGGGGGUCAGCCCGGUCGUGGCGGUGAUGCCCACCGGGGGGGGCAAGAGCAUAUUAUUCAUGUUACCCGCGUGGGUCGGGGGUGGAUUGACGGUGGUGGUCGUCCCGUUGAUCGCGUUACGCCAGGAUAUGGUCCAGCGGUGCGAGCAGUUGGGGAUAUCAUGCGUGCCGUACGACCGCCAGCGGCCCCCGGACGAAGCGUCGAUCGUGUUGGUCACCCCCGAGAGCACCCGCAGCCAGGGGUUCCGGACGUUUUUGAACCGGCAGCGGAUGUUGCAGCGGUUGGAGCGGAUCGUGAUCGAUGAGUGCCACGUCGUGUUGAACAAUCAAGAUGAUUUCCGGCCCCAGUUGCAGAUGAUGGGGGAGUUGCGGGCCGCCAAGACGCAGAUGGUCAUGUUGACGGCCACGUUACCCCCGGCGGCCGAGCCCACGUUAUUAUACCGGAUGGGGUGGCCCCGGGAGCAGGUGGCCAUAUACCGGGCCCGCACGCACCGGCCCAACGUGGCAUACCGGGUAUGGUGCCCGGAGGUGGAGGCGGGGUACGAUCACCCAUCCCAGUGGAUCCAGAUGGACGGGGUGAUCCAGUUUAUCCAGGAGCGGGUCCAGCGGGCCCACCCCGGACGGGUGAUCGUAUAUGGGAGUAUCGUGGCGCACGUCCGGAUGAUGGCGGACCAGUUAGGGUGUGACGCAUAUUUCAGCCAGCAGCACGAUCAAGAUGGGGUGUUAGCCCGGUUCCGUACGACGGCGGGGGCGGUGAUCGUGGCCACCAACGCGUUAGGCAUGGGGAUCGACAUUCCGGACAUCCGCAGCGUGAUCCAUUUGGGGCAGCCCCGUACGAUAUUGGAUUACGCGCAGGAGAGCGGGCGUGCGGGGCGUGACGGGUUGCCGAGUGAGGCGAUCAUCAUUCAGCCGGAGGGGCAGCGGGUGGGAUAUCAGCAGCGUCCGGCUUGGAUGCCCGAGUCCGCGGAGGAGCAGCAGCGGGUGCAGCAGUAUAUGUUGCCGUUGGACGCGGGGGGUGGAUGCCGGCGGGGUACCCAGAGUGCAGACGUCCGGGGAAGAGAGCCCCAGCGAGAGGUCCCGCGAGAGGUCCCGCGAGAGGUCCAGCGAGAGGUCCCACGAGAGGUCCCGCGAGAGGUCCAGCGAGAGGUCCCGCGAGAGGUCCAGCGAGAGGUCCAGCGAGAGGUCCAGCGAGAGGUCCAGCGAGAGGUCCAGCGAGAGGUCCAGCGAGAGGUCCGGGGAGAGAGCCCCAGCCCAGGGUCCACAGGAGAGAACGCAGGGCAGGGGUCCCGGGGAGAGGGCCCGUCCAUCCCCAUGGCCGUCCGACAUGAGUUCCGGCGGCAGGACAUCCAGCGGGCCCAGUUGUCCAGCCAACGACCCGAGGCCAGGCAGGACCAGAUCCAGAGAGAUAUGUAUUUCCAGAGUGAGAUCGGACGGUGGUUGAUGCGGUGUUGGUCGUGUGCGCAGGAGGGGAGGGAUGACGGACAUGAGUUGUUUCGGUGUCCGUGGGGGUAUAAUAUCGAGGCCAAGGCGUGGUGGAAGCGGAUGCGUGCGUUUGAUGGGAUCCGUUACCAGGAUUACAGCGCGCAUUUCCGGUGUGGGAUGCCGCAGUCGAUAUGCCCGCAGGGGGAUCCCAGCAAAGCGAUAUCCCGUACGACGGAGGCGCAGCAGAGAUGUGAGCAAUACCGGCACACAUUGUUACCGAUGGUGGCGAUGAUGUUGUUCAGCCAGAAAACGCAUGCGGAGAUCCGUACGGCGUGGGAUCGACGGUUACAGUAUGUCGGGGUGGAUAGUACGGAUGAGGAGCAGUUAAAGCGGUAUUUUGGGGGUAUGGCAGAAGAGAUUGCAUGCCAGCAGUCCCGGUUAGUACAGGAGUUCAUUUGGUGUCGAAGGAUUUAUCAGGGGCAUGAAGUCGAGUAG